AUUUUCUCACGCGGGAUGAAUGAAAACAUUGAAUGAAAUGGCAAUAGGCAACAUAACAAAUCCCGUGGUGGAGAAAGCAUGGAGAAAACGUCGGUCCUGGAAAAGGUCAAGACAGUCAUUGUUCUGGUUUGGUGUUAACCUACUCCUGUCCUUGCUUCUGUACUAUGAGCUGAAUUUCAACACGAUUGGGUCCUGUUUUGAGUUGAGUCAUCCAUUGCUGUGGUAUACAGAAUGUGCACUAAUAGUUGUAUUCCUCUUCAAUACCCUGGCUAACCUAAUGGUAUAUGUACGUCCAUAUUUAAUGCCAAGUACUGUAGAAGUGACCACUGGUCAAAAGAAGCUGCUUGGGAUUAGCGAUACAGAACUUGGAUUCCGAUUAUCCCCAAGAAAAUCUCCUAGCUCUGUUUCCUCAGAAGGCAGCCUGAUAUUUGCCAGUACUCCUUCAGGACAGUCCAGUUUCUCCAGUAGUGGCAGUCCACGUUCCGUGGGUCAUAUCACACCUACCAACAUUGGUGCAUACCCAGGUCACAAGACCUUUGGAGUUCCCUCCCCUUCUGCAUCAUUUGCUUCGUAUGGUUCACCAAGUACCUCAUAUGACAGACUGCCAGUCCAGAACCUCAGCAGUCUCAGUGUUGGCCCUAAUGCCAGUUUUGGAUCCAUUAAUGCAUCUCUGUCUCCCGGGAUGUCAUAUUCUCAAAACCUGUCCUACUCCCCCGGGGUGUCCUUUUCCUCUCAGGGGCUAAAUCUCUCCCAGGGUUCAGGUCUCCAUAGCAGUUUAGAAAGUAGUGGUUUACGAUCACGUCACUCUCUCUCCUCAUUUAAACACUCACCAGUGAUGUCGUACGACCAGGGACAGAUUACAGACCAGCAUUCACUUACACAGUUCCUCAAGGAGCAGGAAGAGAAGGACAGCAAGAAAGCACUCAGCUCUCCUGAUGCCACUAACACCGGUAGUACAUCCUUCUGGAGUUAUGGACGAUCGGCCAUGGAUUACACUCAUGUUCUUCGCAAAUACAUGUACCAGCUGGCCACCCGAUCACCACAGUCGAGUACUGCUCGUAAUAAUGAUAAUGACCAGACGUCUUCCUAUGGUGGUGAUGAUGUGUGGAGUAAGCGAGGUGUGACAGAGGAUGACCUUUACUUGUGGACAGAACGAUUAAGGAAGUGGAUGUGUCAAACUGUUGUGGCAAGGCUGGCCCUGGAAAUCACCAAUGCCAAUGCAAAAUUACGGAGAAUCGGCUCAGAGGAUACAGAGAUUGGAGAGGUGAGUGUGUCUACUCUUAAACAGCUGGCUCUGACGAAAGGCCCCAUGCUGCCCACGCUCAACACCAUUGUACCUUACCUUGAUAUAUCGUCUAACCAGGAGUACCUGGUUCGAAGGAUUCUAGACCUAGGUAAGGACGGCUGUAUGAGUGAAUUUAGCUGGCAGGGUGGCGGCUGUUAUGGGAAAGCCUGGGGUGAACACCUACCAACAGAUGCAGCAAUUGUGAUGCACCUGUUGUGUACAUACUUGGACUCAAGGUUACCACCCCAGCCUAAAUACCCUGAUGGGCGGACAUUCACCACCCAGUACUUUGUAAAAACACCUGACAAGCCUAACCUAGAGAAGGAUGACACACUGUGUAUAUACCAAUCCUCUAUCAACCCUCCACAUUUCCAGGUGGUCACUGGUAAAUCCAUACUAAAUCUGCCGAAGGGCAGGAAUAACAUGUUUCAGGCAUUAUUGCUGUUUCUGCAUCAUGUAAAGACGAAAGAACAUGGCAUGUUGGGGAGAGUGAGUCUUGGAACGUCUGGAGUCAACAUCCUGUGGAUAUUUAGCUGACCGGUAGUUCCAAUGGGAAAUUGGCUUCAGUAUUUAGACAUGUUAUGAUACAGCAUGGAUGUCAUGUUGUUAAAUGGAGAUAACUCCAAGGGAUUAUGACGAAAGUAUAAUGGAAGGAUUCAUUUAUCAUAGAUGAACAUGAUCCUUUGAUCCAAAAGUGUUCCUGUGUUGAAUAAAGGAAAAUGGGUUUGGAGGUUAUAACAAGAUAUUCGUUAUUUGAUCUAGUCUGGGUUAUUAUAAGAUGAUUUUACUGAAAAAAGAUAUUGUUACAGUCAGACUUUCAGUAUAUUACUGAUUAUUGAGUUCUGGAUACUAUUAUUGUAUAAUAAAGAUUCAUGACAACAGUUACAAUUGUAGUUAAAAAUAAUUUAAAAAAAGAUUCUUCUAUGCUUGUGUCUCGGGGCAUUAGGUCAUAUGUUUUGAAAUAAUGUUGUUUAAUAUUGAGCAUACCCUCUGGACUAGUGGAAUUAUUGGAGAUAAACUGACCUGGAAGGAUUGUAGGUUUUAUAUCGUGCAUUAUUGUGUCAAAAUUGCAUAAAGUAUGAGCUGUGUCAACUGUUUCAUUUCUGAAUGGUCUUCAAUUCCAAUGAAUUACCUCCAUUUCCAAAUGUAUGUCAAAAAGACAAUGGGAAAUGACAUCAUUGUAAAACUUUGAUGGCACUUUGCAUAAAAAGUCACAUAAAGGUACCAGACAGAUUAAAGGAGAUAAAAAAUCUAGCACUGUUUAUCAUGUGAGAUUUCCUUGCAUGAGAAAAAGAGUCAGAACCUGAUAAAAUCAUGCUGGUGAUACUGUCCUGAAAGCUUUUACACGACUCCUGCAUAUUAAGAUACCUGUAAUCUCUUUGAUCAAAAACUAACAGAAUCCGCAGCAGCUAGUACUAGAACAGACUGGUUUUGAUUAAGGUAUAGCUUAGAUGUAUAAUAUUUGGAGGAAAAUCUUUUUAUAUUAAAGGUGACCUUUAUUUUGUUUGUACAAACAACCUGGUAUGCAAGUAUUUAUUGAUGAGUAGAGACAAUGUUUAAAAGUACUCAAAAAUCUUAAUAUUUGUUCCAAUUAGUACUCAUUGAUCAUACUAGGAAGUGUUUCAAGGAUAUCAAAAUUGUAUAGAUUUCAUAGAUAUUUUGGAGUUUGUAUAGAACAGUCUUCAGUGUUGGGAAAAUAUGUGUUGACGAUUUAGUUCUUAGGUUGAAUGUGUUGACUGAAAGGUUUGAAUGUUGAAUGAGGAUGUGUUGACUGGAUGUAUGUAAAUAGUAUGCUGGAUUGUGAAUGCUGAUGUUUGGAAUGAAAUAUACAUUGUAUGUAUCAGAUAUGGAAGAGAGUGUGUAGUAAUAAGCCCGAUAAGUGGUCAGAAUGUGUUGUUCUGUGUGAAAUACAUAUUGAAAAAUGUUGGUUUCUCAUUUUUUUUUUAAAUUUUUAUUUUCACAGUGAGGAAGAGAUUAUUGAGUGUACAAAGAUUAAAA